AUAUAAAAACACAGACUUUCUACAAUCUUUCUUCUUCUUCUUCUUCUCCGCGAUUCCCAUGGCUUUCCGUAAUGGUUCUAUGAUCCCUACCCGUGGCUACUCCCAUCAUUAUCCAUCCACGACGGAGGAGAAACCGUCGUCGCCGGCGACGAUUCCGCGGCUACACCAGCGAGAUCAAUCUGAACGACGGGGAGACUUCCCGGCGAUUAACAGAACCGAACCUACCAAUAAGGAAAUCACCUCCGGGGACUCUAAACAUCCGCAAUUCAUGAAAUCAAUCGACGAUUUAGCUAAGUUCUCAGCUGCAUUUGACGCCUUUAAACGCCACUACGACGACUUGCAGAAGCACAUGGAUGACAUCGAGAACGCCAUUGAAUCCAAACUCAAGAGCAACGGCGUCGACGAUUCCUCCUCCCACUCGCCUGAGCACGAUGCUUCUCGAGAAAUCGCCACCGCGAUUGUGUGCCCACCUCCUCCGGAGGAAGCUGAGACAGCACCGGAGAUGAUAACGUCGAAUGAUAAGGCGGAGGGGCAACGAUUGUGCGAGUCGAUGUGCAGCAAAGGCCUGCGCAAAUACAUAUACGCGAAUAUCUCCGAGCGAGCUAAGUUAAUGGAGGAGAUUCCUGCAGGUUUGAAGCUAGCCAAGGAGCCAGCGAAGUUCGUGUUGGAAUGUAUUGGGAAAUUUUACUUACAAGGACGCAAAGCAUUUUCCCAUGAUUCGCAUAUGAUCCCUGCGAGACAAGUUUCCCUUCUCAUUCUUGAGUGUUUUCUUCUGAUGAUUGAGCCUGGUGAAGAGAAGGUCAAGUCGAUGAUUGAGAGCUCUGUAAAGGAAGAGGCGGAGGCUGCUGCUUUUGCUUGGAAGAGGAGAAUCAUGAAUGAAGGAAAAUUAGCUACUGCGGAGGCGAUCGACGCAAGGGGUUUGCUUCUGCUCAUUGCUUGUUUUGGGGUUCCUUCAAGCUUUAGGAGCAUGGAUUUGUUGGAUUUGAUAAGGCAGAGUGGUACUUCUGAGAUUGCUGGUGCUCUGAAACGGUCACCUUUUCUUGUCCCAAUAGUUUCCGGUACCAUGUUCUCUCUUGAGUCGAUGAGUUUUCAUUGCAAAGGUAUAGUUGAUUCAUGUUUGAAGCGUGGAACGAAUAUUGAAGCUCUUGAGAUUGUUUUCACCUUUGGGAUGGAGGACAAAAUUUCACCUUCUUCACUUCUAACUCCGUUCCUAAGGAAGAGCAAGGAGUCUUUUGAGUUGGCUAAACGGAAAGCACACUCACCUACGGCAUUUAAAGAAGCGAUUGAAAAACAGUUAGCCGCGUUAUUAUCAGUGACGAAGUGUUUGGAGGCUCACAAGCUAGACCCUGCGAAAGAAAUACCAGGGUGGCCGAUCAAAGAGCAAAUCGUCAAGCUAGAGAAAGACACUCUUCAGAUCGACAAACAGAUGGAGGAGCAAGCAAGAUCCAUCAGUUUAAUGGAGGAAGCCGUACUCACCAAGAGAUUGUACAAUCAACAGAUGAAACGUCCGAGGUUGUCAGAGAUGGAAAUGCCACCAGCAGCUUCCUCAUCUUAUUCUCCUAUAUACCGUGAUCGAAACUUUCCUAGUCACAUAGACGGAGAUAGAGAUGAAAUAUCAGCUCUUGUGAGUAGUUACCUCGGCCCAUCAUCAUCUUUUCCUCAUCGCUCAAGUCUCAGGAGAUCCCCUGAAUAUAUGGUUCCUCCUGGUGGGUUAGGAAGAAGUGUAUCUGCAUAUGAACACCUGCUUCCAAGUUCAUACUCUCCGGUUCAUGGACAGAGACUGCCUCGAGAGUACUCUCCUCCAGUUCAUGGGCAACAACAGAUACCAUAUGGUCUACAAAGGGUUUACAGGCAUUCACCAUCUGUAGAAAGAUUAUUGACUUUGCCUCAUCACAGGUCUCCUCGUAACUCAUCACAAGACCACAUAGGAGGAAUGUAAAUAUGUAACACAAAGGUUUUUGUUUUUAGAGCAGUCAAAAAAAUUAUUUAAAGAUCAAGGCUUAAUAAGCAAAAAAAAUUCUACUCUUUGUAAUUUGACAUUUCAUUCAGAUGCUAAUGUUAUUGCUUCUCAGGUUUUUAGUCAA